CUAGAUUUCUGCUUCCAGACGGACACUUUAUUUGGCGCACUCACGUGUAAAAACGACUGAUGCUGCAAGUUGUGAUGCUGCAAAAAUAUGAUGUUUAUCGUUAUUAUUGACGGAAUUAUGUAACCGUUCAAUAACAGAAAACAGCACUAAGCAAGUAUGGGAUCUGCCGGUUGUGAGGUUCCGGUCCGGCUGCAGGUGGGCUCGUGUUUGAGGACUCUCUCCACGUCACGAGACUCCCGGGAGAUUUCGAACGCUCUCCGCACGCUCACGCGAUUCCUGGAGGACUGCGAGUUCACGCGCCUGCACUACACACACGCGCUUCAGGUGUCGGUGAGCGCGCGAAGCUCUCAAUGGUUUGGCAGUUUAUGUGAUGAUGAGAUCACGAGGCUAUGGGAUGAGUUUGUGUUCAAAGGUCCACCGGACCAAACACUGCUGGUUCUGCUGGACACAAUCAGCACCACUGGGGAAUGUGCAGGUUUGGAGCGAUGUGUGUCUGUAUUAGAGAAGUUUCUCUCUGUUGGUCGUCUCGAGGUGUUGUUAUGGUCCAGGUGUCAAACGGGUGGAGUUUCUUCAGACUCCUCCCAGAUGACAGAGACUCUCAUUGGUCACCUUGCAGCUUUACCCUCCAUCACCUCGAACCGUCUGCACACACAAACGCCUGAUGCUUUCUUACCACAUCAGUACUACACACUGCUCGCUACCAACAUCCUCAGCAUACUCGAAAAGACGUGCCGAGCUCUCAGAGAUGGUCAAGACUGCUCUCUCGGGUUUGUGGCUCAGGUGUUGGGAAAAGUUUGUAUACAAGGAUACGCCCCGCUUAUUUUUGAGACGCUGGUACCUCGUCUUUCUUCCCUGACCCGUGUGGAUCCGUUGUGUCAGCGUGUGACCCAGAAACUACUUGAGAAAAUUCCGGAACGAUGCAUGGAGUCGGUCAUCACGGGACUCGUGCGCAAGCUCAGCGGGGCAGCCGCAGUUUCCAGGCUGAUGGGAAAUCUGGUCGUGACCAAUAGGAAAGCUCAGUUUGUUCUCACACACAAGCUUGUGUUACAGCAGUAUCAGCAUCCGACACAACUGUUAAAAUCUGUUCUUGGAUAUCUGGCUCUGAAUCCAGAGCGCAGGCCGCUGCUUAAACAGGUACUGCGGAGUGUCUGUCAGGUGUGGUGUAACAGCAGUGCUAUCAAACACACGUGUGUCGAACAACAGCUGUACGUCAGCAAAGCUUUACUGCUGUGUGUUGCUUUACUCGAUGAUUCAGAGAUAAAGGAACUACGGGAAGAGAUGCUGCAAUGCAUGCUGGGAGGUGUCCAGUGUCGACUCGACAGCAGUACUGAACGCAUACGCCGGAUGGGUAUGGUGGUUGGCGAGUGUCUUAGUCAAAGGUUGGACGUCCCUGGAUCACAGUUAAAAUUCCAGUAUGAGCCAGACGAGGAGACCAGAGAGCUGAAAUCACUUAUGGAGUCUCCAUCUACUGAAGAAAGUGAGCAGUCUCAAUCUGAACAUCAGCCCGAUGUCUCCAGCAGCCUCCAGCCUAAGAGUUUGACUGACCAGUCAGUGACAUCACAGCCGGUGACCUCACAGUCUGGGCGUGACAGUGAUUCUGAUUUGGACAGCGAUGAUGAUCUGACUCCAUAUGACAUGUCAGUUGAUCAGGAGAAGAAGAAAUCGUCUCCGCCCCGUUACGUCCGAGACUGUCUGGAAGCUUUAAUGUCAUCUAAUGAUGCUGAACGGGUGGAGCUCAGUCUUCAGGCGGCAGAAGGUCUUCUGAGGAAGAACAUGAAAGCCACACAAGAGGUGAGCGUUCAGUUCAGUAAAGUGCUGCUACACCUGGAUGACAGGUACAACACGCAAGGUUUCCACACAAUGCGGCAGAACGCCAUGGUGGCUCUCACGGUCACAGACACCAAACCCGUGGUGGAAUAUUGGACUACAGAGUUUUAUUCACUAAACUACAGUCUGAGACAGAGAUUGGAUAUCCUGGAGGUCUUGGCACUCUCCGCUCAAGAGUUGUCUGAGCCAAUCACAAACAAGCACACCGGAGCUCAACCAAUCACUGCCGUAGCUGCCCGGGAGCAGCGUGAUGACAUCACACACUGGCGGCAGAUUGUGGAGAAACGGAUUCAGAGCAAAACAAGACGCGUUCACAAGGGUCCUGCUCAUCCCGCUAAAGCCGUUCCCAACCGUUACGCUCCUGUAGCCGGGUUUUUUUUCUUUCCUCUGCUCAGAAACUAUGACAGGCCACAGGUGACCUUUGAUCUUUUAGGGACUGAUCAGUUGGUGUUAGGAAGGUUGCUGCACACACUUGGACUGCUCAUGCACCUUGCCAUCAAUGCACCGGUUGCCUCUCAGAUGGGCAGAGCUCUGCUGGACUUUGCAUGGGCCGUACGUUUCCACACCGACCAGAUGGUAAGAAGAGGUGUUUUGUUCGCGGUGUGUGCUGUGCUUCUGAGCAUGCCCAGUGAGAACUUACUGACUGAACUGAGCGACGAUCUGAUGGAGACCCGAGCCUGGCUAGCAGAUGUUGCCGAGAACGACUGUGACGCAGACUGCAGGAGUUUGGCUGUACAGAGUUUAAUAUUGCUGGACAAAAACCUUAAAACUCAACUGAAGCUACCAGAUCUGGAAUCGUGAAAAGGAAAAUGACAAGAAAUUAAUUUAUAGGAUCUGCUCAGCACCUGUACAGAGACAAAACAAGACCCUCAUCUGAAAUAGAAUCUGUUUGAAUUUCAUGAUGCUGUCUUGUUGAUAAUGUUAUUAUUGUAUGUUUCUCAGAUAGCUACAUUUUGUUUUGUAUGUAUUUUAUAGCAAAACAUUAAAACAGCUCAUAAAAGAUGAAAAGA